AAGCUUUUGUGAACCCAAGCUCACUUCAUCAGAUGCUGUGCAAAGACACACAGGAAGCAGAGUACAAGGAGAGAGAAACUAGCAUACAAAAGACAAGAGGGGCAGUGCUAGGAGAGACAAGCAAAAGAGCAGUAAAACCCUGUGUUUCCUGCACUGCGCUGCACUGCCUGUUCCAUAGGAGCUCUCUGGAGUGGAGGAGUGUAGUGUGAUACCCCGCAUUUGGCCACCACCUCAAGGCACACAGAGCUUGCAGGCACACACACAAUCGAUAACUGAUGCUGCACAGACACCAUCGACUAGGUUUGUUCUCAGGUUUGCAUCUUAGCCUACCGUGCCAGUUACCAUCAGCGUAGUGCCAGUGGGAAUAUUGAGUGCUGGCAUAAUAGUCACUUUAGUGCAAUUAGCCUCCCACUGCUGUCUCCCAGGGCUCCAGUCAUCGCCUAGCUGACUUGUCUGACACUAUCUGUUCUCUGUUCGUUAAAGGUCAAGUUUUCAGACCAUGCUUGUGGAUGCUUAAGAGAUGCAGGAAGGCUCUGGCCAUGUGUUGCAGAUUCUUUUAGUUGCUCAGCAUGUACUGGCUGCUCUACUCCUGUGUUCUCUGACAAUGAGCCCCAACUCUUCCCUCAGCCAUGGGAAAGGCCUGAGGAACCUCACAACCCAGGAAGAUGGGGCCGUCAGAGUGACAGAGUCAGUGGCGAUUAUCGUCAUUGCUAUCUUCAUCUGUUUGGGCAACCUGGUGAUUGUCGUGACCCUCUACAGGAAGUCUUACCUCCUAACACUAAGCAACAAGUUUGUGUUCAGCCUGACGCUGUCCAACCUCCUCCUCUCCAUACUGGUGCUGCCGUUUGUCGUCACCAGUUCCAUCAGGCGGGAAUGGAUCUUUGGAGUGGUGUGGUGCAACUUUUCUGCCCUGCUGUACAUGCUGAUCAGCUCGGCCAGUAUGCUUACCCUGGGCCUCAUUGCUAUUGAUCGGUACUAUGCUGUCCUGUACCCGAUGGUUUAUCCAAUGAAGAUCACAGGAAACAGAGCGGUGGUAGCCCUGGUGUACGUGUGGCUACAUUCCCUCAUUGGCUGCCUCCCUCCCCUCUUUGGCUGGUCUUCCUUGGAAUUUGACCAGUUCAAAUGGAUGUGUGUGGCUGCGUGGCAUAAAGAGGCAGGCUACACUGCCUUUUGGCAGAUCUGGUGUGCUCUGUUGCCCUUCCUGGUGAUGAUGAUCUGCUACGGAUUCAUAUUUCGCGUGGCUCGGGUGAAGGCACGCAAAAUUCACUGUGGCAGCGUGGUCAUUGUAGAGGAGGAUGCACAGAGGAAUGGGAGAAAGAACUCUAACACCUCCACCUCCUCUUCAGGCAGUCGAAGGAAUGCUUUCCAAGGGGUUGUCUACUCAGCCAAUCAGUGCAAAGCUUUCAUCACUAUUUUGGUUGUGAUUGGUGCUUUUGUGAUCACUUGGGGGCCUUAUAUGGUUGUAAUCACAUCAGAGGCACUUUGGGGGAAAAACAGCAUUUCCCCUGCUUUGGAGACAUUAGCAACGUGGCUGUCAUUUUCAAGUGCCAUUUGCCAUCCGCUGAUCUAUGGACUGUGGAACAAAACUGUGCGCAAGGAACUCUUAGGAAUGUGCUUUGGUGAUCGGUAUUAUCGGGAGUCAUUUGUUCAACGUAAUAGGACAACCAGGUUAUUCAGCAUUUCCAAUAGGAUCACAGACUUGGGACUCUCUCCCCAUCUCACAGCCCUCAUGGCUGGUGGACGACCAUUAGGAAACAGCAGCAGCACGGGUGACACUGGUUUCAGCUGCUCCCAGGAGUCAGGUACAGAUGUGAUGCUGCUUGAAGACUACAGCUCAGAUGGAGUUCAUCACCCGCACUGCAUUUAUCCUCCUCGACGGAGGAGUUCUGUGACAUUUGAAGACGAAGUGGAACAAAUCAGAGAGGCUGCAAAGAACCCUGUUCUUCAUGUAAAAGCUGAGGUCCAUAAAUCUCUGGAGAGUUAUGCAUCUAGUUUAGCCAAAGCUAUUGAAGCUGAUGUGAAAAUCAGCCUGUUCGGGGAAGAUGCUUUACCAGGAUCUUUGUUCCCUGUGAAGACGGUACCAGGCAGCAAUGUGGGUACGCGGCGUGGCGGCAGGGCUCAAAUUAGCCAAAGACUUCAGCUGCAAAGCAUUGAUGAAGGGAAUAUUUGAUAAGAGCACUAAAACAGAAGAACAGAAGAAACCACUAGAUAGAACCCAGUACUGUUACAAUUAUUUUGAGACAGAGUAUUCAGAGUGGCUAAUGGCAGUGUUUUGGUCAAGAACAUUUGAAAAUACCUGGAUUCUUCAAAGUAUACACAUACACCUGAGCUUUAGAGUAGUAUUUACUUACUGUUCAGUGGGCAAUAGAUAUUUUUGUGCCAUGGUUGUUUUUU